AUGUUCUCAAGCCUAACCACCAAGAUCGCGCUCAAGAAGAUCGGCAUGUCGAGCGACACGUUCAACUUCUCGUCGCCCGACCAGCCAGAGCCCAAGAAGCUGAAGAAGACCCGGAAAGACCUCCCGCCCGGUGUCGUGCCCGGCCUAGAUGAUGAGGAGGAGGAGUCAAAGGGCUGGCCCAAAUGGAUGACGAUGAAGAGCCUCCCGCUGACGGUGCAGCCGUGGCUAGCACCUCCGCCUCCGCCUGUCGCAGUUGCUGCAGAGUGCCCCAAGAUCGGUGACCUGGCGCCGCUGGAUCGCGACAGGAAAUUGACCUUCGGUGGCGGGAGGAAAGUCAUCGUCGUCUUUCUGCGCUGCGUGGGCUGUGCAUUUGCACAAAAGACCUUCCUCAACCUGCGGGCCCUUGCCAACAAGCACGCCAACAACAUCACCUGCAUCGCCGUGUCGCACUCGUCCGCGGCCGCCACCCAGAAGUGGAUUGACCUACUCGGCGGAGCCUGGAACGUCCAGGUCGUCAUCGACGAGGACCGCGCCAUUUACGCCGCCUGGGGACUAGGACUGAGCUCCGUGUGGUAUUAUUUCAACCCGACAACACAGACAGCAGCCUGGAAGGAGAAGGGCUGGCUCGGCGCCACUGUAGCUGGCGCGAUCCAGCGGAGCGGCACCAUGGGCAGGGGCGUAACAGGCGCGCACACCAUACCCAAGGAGCAUAGCACAGGCGGCACUGGCGUGAUAGAUGCGGCCGCCGAAGGGCCCACGACUGUCAUGGGCAAUAAGUGGCAGCAGGCGGGCGCCUUUGCUGUGGACGGGCGGGGCACAGUGGUAUGGGGCGGCAAAGCUCGGAGUGCAGACGACCUGAUGGACUUGGACAUGGGUGCGAAGGCUCUGGGCAUGUAA